CGGUAGCGGCGGUCUCGCGCAUGCGCUCUUGCUCGCUCCUCGGGGUCCCUGCGAAAUGGCGGCGACGGUAGCGGCUUCGCGGAGCUUGGCGAAGCGCUGGCUGCGGCCGGCGGCGCGGGAGUGGCCAGCGGCAUGCCAGACUCUUGCACGCAACUUACACUUCACAGUCUAUGGAAAGAAAAAUGCUUCUACGAAGGUUUCUGAUUCGAUUUCUACACAAUAUCCAGUCGUGGACCAUGAAUUCGAUGCAGUUGUUGUGGGUGCAGGAGGAGCAGGUCUGCGGGCUGCAUUUGGUUUGUCAGAGGCUGGAUUUAAUACAGCAUGUGUUACAAAGCUGUUUCCCACCAGAUCUCAUACUGUUGCUGCGCAGGGAGGAAUUAAUGCUGCUCUGGGAAACAUGGAGGACGAUAACUGGAGGUGGCAUUUCUAUGACACAGUGAAAGGGUCUGAUUGGCUGGGUGACCAGGAUGCCAUACACUACAUGACCGAGCAAGCCCCAGCUGCGGUGAUAGAGCUGGAAAAUUAUGGGAUGCCAUUCAGCAGAACUGAAGAAGGAAAAAUCUAUCAGCGUGCAUUUGGUGGACAGAGUCUUCAGUUUGGAAAAGGGGGACAGGCUCACAGAUGCUGUUGUGUUGCAGACAGGACAGGACACUCACUGCUGCAUACUCUGUAUGGCAGGUCUCUAAGAUAUGAUACAAGCUAUUUCGUUGAAUAUUUUGCCUUGGACCUACUUAUGGAAAAUGGAGAAUGUCGUGGUGUUAUUGCCCUUUGCAUAGAAGAUGGCACUAUACAUCGUUUUAGAGCAAAGAACACUGUCAUUGCCACUGGUGGGUACGGCCGCACUUACUUCAGUUGUACAUCUGCUCAUACUAGUACGGGUGAUGGCACUGCUAUGGUCACACGAGCUGGUCUUCCUUGCCAGGACUUAGAAUUUGUACAGUUUCACCCUACAGGUAUCUAUGGGGCUGGCUGCCUUAUAACGGAAGGAUGUCGUGGAGAGGGAGGUAUUCUAAUUAACAGUCAAGGUGAAAGAUUUAUGGAGAGAUACGCACCUGUUGCUAAGGAUCUGGCUUCCAGGGACGUAGUAUCUCGUUCUAUGACCAUAGAAAUCCGUGAAGGAAGGGGUUGUGGUCCUGAAAAAGACCACGUGUACUUGCAGUUGCACCACUUACCACCACAGCAGCUAGCAGCCCGUCUCCCAGGAAUUUCAGAAACAGCUAUGAUAUUUGCUGGAGUUGAUGUCACUAAAGACCCUAUUCCUGUUCUGCCUACUGUGCAUUAUAAUAUGGGAGGUAUUCCUACUAACUACAAAGGACAGGUGAUUACACAUGUGAAUGGUGAGGAUAAAGUGGUACCUGGUUUAUAUGCUUGUGGGGAAGCAGCCUCUGCAUCUGUCCAUGGCGCAAAUCGACUUGGAGCAAACUCGCUUCUAGAUUUGGUGGUCUUUGGUCGUGCUUGUGCCCUUACUAUUGCAGAGACGUGCAAGCCUGGAGAGCCAGUUCCCUCCAUUAAACCAAAUGCUGGUGAAGAGUCAGUUGCUAAUCUUGACAAAUUAAGAUUUGCUGACGGAACCAUAAGAACUUCAGAAGUGCGACUUAACAUGCAGAAGACAAUGCAAAACCAUGCUGCUGUAUUUCGUACUGGUUCUGUACUCCAAGAAGGCUGUGAAAAACUUUGCCAAAUUUAUGGUGAUCUGGCUCAUCUAAAGACAUUUGACAGAGGUAUUGUGUGGAACACUGACUUGGUGGAGACCCUUGAACUGCAAAACCUGAUGCUUUGUGCUCUACAAACAAUUUAUGGUGCUGAGGCUCGCAAAGAGUCCCGGGGUGCUCAUGCCAGAGAGGACUAUAAGUUACGGAUAGAUGAGUUUGACUAUUCUAAGCCGCUCCAAGGCCAACAGCGGAAGCCAUUUGAAGAGCACUGGAGAAAGCACACCCUUUCGUAUGUGGAUGUCCCAUCUGGGAAGGUUACCUUGAAAUAUAGACCUGUGAUUGACAGAACUUUGAAUGAAGAAGACUGUUCAACUGUCCCACCUGCUAUUCGCUCAUACUAGUAACUUACAUUUAACUUGCAGUCCUCUCCCAGAGUGGGUUGGUGUACAUAAGCAUAGUGGAAGCAAAUCAAAAUAGUAUUGUCGCUAUCAAUUAAUGGAAAGUGCUGACUAAACUUUUCUCCGGCUUGUAUUCUGCUGUGGCUUACUGUACAAUUAUGAAAAUGGAAUGCAGGACAGCUUAUGUUCUUUCACCCAUCUGUCAAAACUGACAGGGAAAACACAAAAUGUGUCUAAAUAAAGUGAUUAGAAGUCUUCUAUUUGUUUGAAUAUGCUGUUAUGUAUAUAAUUACAAUGCUUUUAUUUUGAAUGUAUAGUUAUUUCCAUAUUUUAAGAACAAGAAAUGCAUUGCAAUAGUUUUAGACAAGAUUGAGAUGCUGAAUUUUAUGAUAUGGGGAUUUAAAAUUAAGCAUCAUAAUUGCUGAUUGUAAGUAACAUGAAAGAAAAGAAAAUGAUGUACUAGUAAUUACAACUUUUUUUUCUAAAGCUAAAAUUGUCAUACCGUUUUAUUGAAGGAAACAAGAUACUUCUACUCCAGUUACUUCCUCCAAAAUAUACCAUGAACAGAAUAUAAUCUUAAUAGCUAAUCUCUACUAUCUCUGGAACUUCUGAAGCAUUUUUGUGGCAUGUCCUGUGUGUGUAUUUCCUGGACUUUUCUCUCAGAGGAACCAAGGGGCAGUUUGGCAGAAGACUUAUCUAAAUAUUAAAACUUACCAGACAUGAACUAAGGAACUUUAAUGCCAAGAUGUAACUUCUAAGGCAUCAAUAGAGCAGUUUCUAGCAGCAUUUCUGUGAAUAACUCCCAGUUCUUGGAGGACUUGAAGUGUAACUAUGUGGAUUGCAAUUGAAUGGAGCACUCUUUUUUUUGACAAUAUUUUUGUUUUCUCAACUGCUGAAUGUUGGCUGUUGUUGGAAAAAAUGAAUGUUGGAAAAACUGAACUCUUGGAAUGUUACUGGUGGUGGUUGGAAAAACUGAAUACACCAUAUGUCAUUC